ACACCGACAAGACCAGAGGAGAGGCCCCGGAAAAUAUCUGGAAAUUCACGUUUAGCCGGCAGUAAAGUUGCUUUUUGCUGAUGCUGACUUUCGUUCUCGGAGACGCUUCGGAGCUGUGAGCCAGAGUUCGUCUUGUGAAGCAGCGAUAGACGCCGAUUAUCUUCGCUCUUGUGGCCGCUUCAGCCUUCAUCAUCAUCCUCCUGCUGCUGGGAAAUGAACCGGCAGGCUACAUGCUAAAACCAUCACCGGCGCGCCGCUGACUGUGUGCAGUUGUUGCCAUCAUCCGCUGAUCCACGCUGACUCUCCCUUUCAGUUUCUGCUCAGCAUCCAUAUUUGCAUCCCAGGGAGUGGCAGCGGCUAAAUCCCCCCCAGUUUCUACCCCUGGCAGGACACUGAAAGUUGCCCGACGCCCCUCGGACGCUGAAUUUUCACACAGCAAGCUAAACAUGGAAAGCGACGGCCGCCACUCCCUCGUCUAGUGCCUGAUCCACAAGCCUUCAUCUUCCAGGGAGGAGCUCUCAGGUCCCGGCGUCUCCCUGCUACUGUAGAAUGAACAUGCUCAAGUCCAGUGGACUGAAAAUCCCUGGCCGCGGGCCCAAACAUUCCAGCCCGGUGGGAAGGACCUCGGCGGGUGGAACAUCCAGCCCCGUUGCCCCUAAAGACAGCACCCCACUCAAGCCCACCACACCGACUAAAAUCUCCGAGGAGGGCGAUGAUGUUUUGGGGGAUUACACUGUGGGCGAACAGGUCUGGGUCAACGGUGUCAAACCAGGAGUUAUCGCCUACCUAGGGGAGACCCAGUUCGCCCCGGGACAGUGGGCCGGCGUGAUACUGAAUGACCUAGUUGGCAAAAACGAUGGUUCAGUGGGUGGCGUGCGCUACUUUGAGUGCCAGCCCCUGCAGGGCAUCUUUACGCGACCCUCAAAGCUCACCCGACAGCCGGUCGGUGAGGGGAGCGACAGCCACUCCACCGACUCAGCCCAGAAUCAGACUCAGCAGGGCGGUGGCGCCCCUGGUGGCCAGCGGGUGGUGGUGCCGCUCAGAGAGGGGCUGCUCAACAGCGCUGUGAAAACCGGGAAUGAGUCGGGGUCCAACAUGUCCGACAGCGGAUCAGUGAAAAAAGGCGGAGACAAGGAUCUUCGAGUUGGAGAUCGAGUUCUGGUUGGAGGCUCUAAGAUGGGAGUCAUUCGUUAUAUGGGAGAGACGGACUUCGCCAAGGGUGAGUGGUGCGGGGUCGAGCUGGACGAGCCUCUGGGGAAGAACGACGGCGCAGUCGCUGGUACAAGAUACUUUCAGUGUCUUCCCAAGUUUGGCCUGUUCGCUCCGAUCCACAAGGUGAUCCGCAUCGGCUUCCCGUCCACCAGCCCGGCCAAGGCCAAGAAGAGCAAGCGGGUGGCCAUGGGGGUGUCCUCUCUGGCCCACAGCCCCAGCAGCUCCUCCAUCAGUUCAGUCAGCUCGGUGGCCUCCUCUGUGGGUGGACGACCGAGCCGAGCUGGACUGCUGACGGAGACGUCGUCGCGUUACGCCCGUAAGAUCUCGGGCACCACGGCUCUGCAGGAGGCCCUGAAGGAGAAGCAGCAGCACAUCGAGCAGCUGCUGGCCGAGAGGGACCUGGAGAGAGCCGAGGUGGCCAAAGCCACGAGCCACAUCUGUGAGGUGGAGAAGGAGCUGAGCGUCCUCAAGGCCCAGCAUGUGCAGUAUGUAACGGAGAACGAAAACACCCUCCAGCAAGUCAAAGCAAUGCUGGCGAGCACACAGAAAGACAAACUGGAACUGGCCAAUCAGCUUGAAGAAGAGAAAAGGAAAGUGGAGGACCUUCAGUUCAGAGUAGAAGAGGAAUCCAUCACCAAAGGAGACCUGGAGACUCAGACGAAAUUGGAACAUGCCCAUAUUCGUCAGCUUGAGCAGAGCCUGCUCCUCGAAAAGUCGAGAGCAGAGGAGCUCCAGAAAGAAUUAGAGAAGCGGAGGCAAACCACAGUGGAGGAGCAGAGUCGUAUCGUGCAGCUGGAGGAGGAGCUGUCCCUCCGGAGAGCAGAGAUCGAGGACCUCCAGGCUCAGCUCAGAGGGGCCGACACGAGCUCGCAGAAAGCCAGCGAUGGCGAGGCGGCUCCGGGUACCGACGCCCAGCCAGAGACCCUCCUCCUCCGAGAGCAGCUGCUGUCGGUCGGCCGCGAACACCACAAGGAGAGCAGCGAGCUCAAAGAGAAGUACGAGGCCGAGCUGGCGGCCGGCCGGCAGGAGGUUGACUCGCUGAAGGCCGUCGUGGAGAAACAGAACCUGGAGAUCAGCGAGAUGAAGCAGAAAGUCCAACAGGCCAACAAGGAAAACGUGGAAAUGAUGGACACCUGGAAGGUUAAAUUUGACACUUUAGUGAGCGACCACCAGCGGUCCUUGGAGGAGCUGAAGGCGUCUCUUAGUGGCGAUCACACUGCUCCAGGAGGCCAAGAGCAGGACGCCCAGGAGCUGAGAGCCUCUCUGGAGAGCCUGAAGAUGGAGCACCAGCUGGAGGUGGAGAACCUGAAAGCCAAGCACAAGAUCGAAGCGGCCAUUCUGAGCAAGGAGCGCGAGGACCUCAGCUCUCGUCUCCAGGAGGCCAAAGACCAGCUGGCUGAGGGCAGCCAGGCGUGGAGGGCCGAGGCAGAGGCCCGGAGCGGGAAGCAGGCGCUGGAAGAGGCGGCUGAUAAGCUGCACAAGGCGGAGCAGAGGCUGUUGGAGAUGGAGAAGCUUCAGGCGGAGCAGGAUGAGAGCAGGGAGGAGCUGAGGGAGAGGCUAGAGCUGUCAGAGAAGAAGAUGAGCGACUACGAGGCGCUGCAGAAAGCUCAGGCUGAGAGCCAGGAGGAGAUUCAGAAGCUGGAGGAGAAGCUGAGGGUGACAGCGAACCAGCUGCAGGCCAUCCAGGCCGACCGCUACACGUCCCACGAUGCAAACGUGAUAGAAGAUAACGAACUUUCAGAUGAGAAGAUGAAGCUGAAACAGAACAUUGAAGAAACAAUGGAGAAGUUGCUGAAAAGGGAAAAAGAGGUCUCCACUCUCACGUCCCAGGUCGAAGCCCUCAAAUCACAGAUUGGAGCACUGGAGGGCAAAGUUCGCUCAGGGGAAAAGAAAGUAGAGUCUCUGGCCAGAGAGAAGAUGCGCGUGGAGGCCGAGCUGGAGUCCAUGACCAAGAAGUCCCAUGAUGCCUCUGGGCAGUUGGUCAGCAUCAGCCAGGAGCUGCUGAAGAAAGAGAGGAGUCUGAACGAACUGAGAGUGUUGCUCCUGGAAUCGCAUCGCCAUUCGCGGGACAUGGAGAAAGACCUGAACCGAGAAGUUCACAAGGCCGAGUGGAAGGUCAAGGAGCAGAAGCUUCAGGACGACAUCAAGACGCUGCGAGAAAAACUGCUUUUACUGGGUCCUGGACGUUGUUCUCCAGACCUCCGGCGGCACUCAAUGCUCGACCCGUCGGCUCUGGACUCGGAGGUGAACCGCCUCCGCCAGCGGCUGCUCAGCACCGAGGAGGCCCUGAGGAACGCCUUGGAGCACAACCAGCAAGUCGACAAGCUGGUCCAGGCCAUGCGCAGACAUCCAGAGAAAAGCCCGGUGCACGGUGCAAAUUCAGCUAAUGGAAUUCACCACCAGGAGUCAGACAGCACUCGAGAUGAACAACACUGAUAUGAGCAGAAGACAAACGACUGGGACGCUGCCACGACCCAGACGGAACUGGGACUCGCAGAAGUAAAUCUAAAAAAGACAGAAGACGUUUGUCCUGACCCUGCGAUGGACGCCUGAAGAACCUUUCAGUUUACAGUUCAUACCAAAACAGCGAAUCUCUAUCUCAAGUGAAUUUAUGUGUUGUUGCAGAAAGCACCUAUUAGCCAAUCACGAAGACCGCUUAAAGUCCUAUAAAGUAUAGACAGGAAAUAAGACACGGACAUGGAGAGGUAUUAUCGGUACAACAACUGCUGAGAACUCACAGUGCGGCGACUUUUGAUGCUUUACAGUAGUUAGAAAGUUUGAAUCUACAAGUUGCCGGGAACUCAUUUUGACAAUUCUGAAUUUUGAUCCGGAAAGCAGAAACGGCUGACGGACGACGACGACGACGCGAAGAACCGGGCCUCAGUCGCUUUGUCUGUUUUAUUUAUUACUUUUACUUUGCUCCUCUGCUUUGUAAUAAUCCUCUAUACUGUAGGUGAGCUGUCUUGGCCUGUGACACUCGGAGCAACAAGGAAGGACGACUGUUUUUAAAGGGGAUGUGGCUCGUUUGUCGCCUUCUUAUCUGUUAUCUGACGAGGAUUGGUAGCGAACUCAUCACGCUGUUCUGUGCUGAUGUUUUAGUGCACAAAAAUGAUUGGAAAUAUUGUCUCCAUCCAACAGCACCCUGAUUUUUCAAUAUAUAACUUGAUUCUUGGUGUGUAAAGAUCAGAGGACCCAAACACAGAUACACAGAAAAACUGAGCUUUGCUUUCAAAGCUGGUGCAUAUUACAAAAAAAUAAAAAUGUCCAGACAGACAAACAAACUACACAAAGCAAAAAAAAUAAAAUAAAAAAAAACAAGAAAACAGACGAGACUGAAUAACAAUCAACAGACUGAGGCAGAAAAACAGGAACAGGUACAAAAGUGGUACACAAGAAAAUAAACUAGAACCAGGAAGACAUAAGAAAUGCAAGGAACGGCUGGAAGUCUUCACAGCAAAAAGUAUACAGACUAAACACAAGGCCACCUGCCUAACAUCGCGUAGGUCCUCCUCAGACAACCGAAAUGCAUCCUUUAUGUUGAGAUCUGGGGAGUUUAGAGGUGAAGUCAAGGCCUUGAGCUCUUGGUUGUGUUCCUCGAGCAUCUCUUGAGUAUUUUUUUUUUUUCAUGUGGCAGGAUGUUUUGAGCUUGCCUUGGUCUGCAGCAGUGUUUAGGAAUGUGCCUCCCAGAAGAACAUUACAUUAUAAGGAGAUGUUCAAUCUUAGUCACUUCAUCUGCCAGUUUGGAAUGCUGUACCUGAUUGCAAGAAAAGUCCUAGGAACCAAAAUCAACAGAGACACACAGAAAACAAAACCUCAAAAUCAAACAGGUAAUUCUCACAUGAGUUCAUAACAAAACCAAAACCGUGACACUGUGGUCAAGUUAAAAGCAUUUUGAUUACGAUGAAUUUGACUUUUUUUGUAACCUUCAUGUUUCUCUAUGGUCCGAACACUACUCAUGUCAAAUGAUGCGUUCCAUUUUUCAUGUGUUUUGGCCGUGAAACAAAAUAAAUGUCAAACUACACAUUUAAUGCCAAUUGCAAGUUACUCUUAAAGCAUCACAAAUAAAAGCCUUACGUAAGCAAUCAGGGUUAACAAAUCAAGUUUAUUCAUAUGAUAUGGCACAUUUAAAAUGACCUGAGUUGACCAAAGUGCUGCACAGGAUAGAGACUGAUGGAAUCAAUUCUGUAAAACAAAAAGAAAAUAGUAUGGAAAAACCAAGGCAAAACAUGAAAAACUAAAUAUUGAAACCACUUUAAAAACAUGUCAGCUUAUGACUUUUCUGAAAUAUGUCAGCGAUGGAGGAACAUAUGAUCGAGAGAGGGCUCUUCCAAAACGGUGUAUGUUGAUAUGAGACAAAAAAACAAGGAAAAAUUAGAGAAAAGGCAUUAAAACAAUCAUCAUACUUCUGUAUUGGCUACUCAUCAAGAAAAAAAACACACACCAGCAGUCAUUUGUAUCAACUGAACUACCAUCUCCUCAAUCAUAUGAACACUGGAGGAGAAUAACUGGACAGAUGUUGAUGAUUUCACUACCAAUCCUCUCCUCGGGUGUUCGUGAAGGCGGCCUCGUCUCUAAAUACGUUUUCAGCCAUUGCACAUCGGUGGAAACUCCUGCUCGGACUGACGACUGAACCUGGGAGGCCUCCAGCUCUGAGCGACAUUAUAGAAUGAACACACUCCAGACUUUUUUGUUCUCUUCAGAACUCCGUCUGACCCCACACUUCUCACCCCCAUCAGUAACGAUGGGUCAUUUUGUUUACCGUGCAUCAACGCAGACCCCAUCCCUGCGUUAAUAUUGAUUAACUACAUGUGGUACGACAUAGAAAGCCCGCGUUAAUGUCACAAUUUGCUUCACUGACCCUUUCUCAAGUCUACUGAAGGGCUGCCACAAGAGCUAAAAACCCAAACAAUGGAUGUUACUGAUCCUCACCCAGAUUGACGACAUCUGGAUUCCAUCAGUGUGUUUUGAAUUUAUACUCUUAAGUCUUCCAAAUAUUGUUUUUAUCCAUUUGUCGACUGAACCAGGGGAUGUUGUUUGUGGCUUUGUUGCAGGAGAAGUUGCAAAGAGGUGAGUGCUGAUGUGCAGAAAAGCUCGAGAGUAGAGUCUCCUGUGCAGAUCACGCAGGAGGAGGCGCUGGUCAGCUCAGAUCAAAAAAAAAAAAAACUAAAAAAAAAAACGACAUUUUUUUCCCAUUGGAUAUUGUACAUGGCCUUUUCAGCUGCAGGGUUCGUACCCUCUGGAUCAUUGCUGCAACGGUUUUUUGGAGAUUGAUUCAUUAAAUAUUAACAAUGUGGGCAA